GGAGCAGUAAUGACUGACGGACCACAACAGUAGAGAGGCAAGGUUGUGUUAGUUUCGGUGCUCUGAUGUGAUCUGGGAGAGGCUUUACAAAAACGGUUUAGUCUUUUUAUUUUUUAAGUGGGAUAUUUUAAGAGUGGGGGAAACAACAAAUGCUCUUUUGAGCUAAAAGACGCCAUGCUCUGCGCCGAACUGACCAGACGGCUAACCGUGACCAUCCUGAGGGGGGGUCGCAGUGUAACCUGUCAUCCUCACCUGUCAACCAGCUUCCUUUUAAACGACGCAACGAGGAAUGUGGAUGGUUUUCACUUAGAGUCCUGCGUGUCCAGAAGACGGAUUCACAACCAGGGUGGAAUCCUUCCUUCUAAAAGAAUCCGAGUAUCGCAGUAUAAUGGAGGAAGGUCUUUCAGCCUCUCAGCUGCUGCUAUUGUGAACUCAGCACCAGUUCAAGUCCAACCCUACCUCCGACUGAUGAGGCUUGACAAACCUAUUGGGACAUGGCUGCUGUACCUGCCGUGCACGUGGAGCAUCGCUCUGGCCGCUGAGCCAGGAUGUCCUCCAGAUCUGGGCAUGCUCGCUCUGUUUGGCACGGGCGCUUUGCUGAUGAGGGGGGCCGGCUGCACCAUCAAUGACAUGUGGGAUAAAGACUUUGAUAAACAAGUGGCCAGGACAGCCUCUCGACCCAUCGCAUCAGGGGAGGUUUCCCGUACGCAGGCCUUGAUUUUCCUCGGAGGGCAACUCUCUCUGGCGCUCGGGGUCCUUUUAUGUCUAAACUACUACAGCAUUGCUCUGGGUGCUUCCUCAUUGGCUCUUGUCAUCACCUACCCGUUGAUGAAGAGGAUCACUUACUGGCCACAGCUUGUGCUGGGUCUGACCUUUAACUGGGGCGCCCUGCUGGGCUGGUCGGCCGUAAGGGGCUCCUGUGAUUGGUCGGUGUGCCUCCCGCUGUAUUUCUCUGGAGUGAUGUGGACGCUGAUAUACGACACGAUAUAUGCUCACCAGGAUAAGGAGGACGACAUAAAGGUGGGAGUCAAAUCCACCGCACUCAAGUUCCAGGAGCAAACCAAAGCCUGGCUGAGUGGUUUCACGGUGGCCAUGGUGUCGGGGCUGGUCCUGGCCGGGGUCAGCGCCGGGCAGACUGCCCCCUACUACGCCGCCCUGAGCGCGGCGGGGGCUCACCUGGCCCACCAGAUUUACAAAGUGGACAUCAACAAGGCUGAAGACUGCUGGAGGGAAUUCAUCUCAAACAGAAACCUCGGCCUCUUGUUAUUUUUGGGCAUUGUUGUUGGUAAUUUUUGGAGGGAAUCGAGAGAAUCUUUACUGCAAAAUGAAGAAUCUGUCAGAGGGCAGUAA